AUGAGCCUCGCCUCUAAUGGGGUCAUCGUGGUGACUGAUCGCCCGGUCGUUUCUACUGAUAUAACUCUCGAUAUUGCAUGUCAUGUUAUUACAGGCAGCUCAGGGGACGAAGCAACUUGCAUGGCCGGUUGCAAGGGUAAUGCCGGGCUCACCACGGGUUACGAAGUCCUCUGGCGUCGGGUCGCGUUACAGGCAGCGCAGGCGGUACAGGAGGCAGGCAGGCAGGCAAUUAGCGCGUGGGAGGAGCGUGCUGGGCGGCGGUCACUCCUCGCGGCGGGUGGCGGAUGGCGGCCGGGUCGCGGCGGCGGCAGCGGCGGCGGCGGCGGAGGCAGUUUAAACUCCCCCCGGUGGUCGCCGUUUUCCCGGCUCCUCCAAGUGGACUUCCGGGGAUCCUUACCGGGGCGCCCACCAGGUCCUGUGAGAGGAUGGGCGACGGCGAAGGGGUUCUCCCGCCGGGAUGAAAAGGCGCCGCCGCGCCUGUACGGCCGCGCGUAA